CGCGCGCAUACACGCAGUCACACACACACACAUCUGUACUUGCGAAGAAAUGCUUAUAUCCAUCACUCAGCUGUUUCGUCGUCUUCAUUCGUAGAUUCGCAUUUUCUACCUCCAUUAGGUCGAUUUGGAGUAUCAACAAAUCAGUUACAUCUAUAUUUGUGGUUUUUGCUUAUGUUUUUCAACGUUGGUGCAUCAUGUCCAACAAUUUGGUUUCCGAGUACCCAAUCUCAGGUAGGCAGUUGGUUCAGAUGGAGCAUAGUUCUAGCUCUCUGGAAUUUCCUAUGAAAAUGGUGGGCCAGGUAUCAAGCAAUCCUGAAUCACACCAUUUCUAUGUACCAGCAGAUCAAAGUGGUGUUAGUAUGGGAUCAAACCCAGUUUGGACGUCAAACCAUCUAGGUCCCAAGCAUGCAAGUUCACCAAAAAGCAUAGCUGCACAGAAGGCUUCAUUCCCAUUUAAACGGAAGGCUGAGGCAGAACCUUUGGCAAACAGUGCUACUUCUCAGCAGUUGGCACAGCCUCACAAGCGGCCAGCACAUGUGGGAUCUGAUGCUAAUUUCCCUGGAUUUAUGCAGCCUUCAGCACAUCAAAAGAAAACUGCACAAUCACAGUCUCGAUUGAGCUCUCCAGUUACACCUGCUCAACCUAUCAAGAAAAUGAUGCGGAAUGACUCUAUGCCCGGCAAGUCUGGCUUACAACAACGGGGGCAAACUGGAAAGAGGCAAACUGCUCAAAUCAAAUCAGCAUCCAAGGCUCAUUUGGAUUCAUCAGAAGGAGUAAGGUCCAAAAUGAGGGAAUCUUUGGCUGCAGCAUUGGCUUUGGCUUGUCAGAACCAGGCGAAUGCCUUGCUAACUGAGAAAAACCAGAGGGAUACGGAUAAUCCCAUGGACUCCCGGGAUUCUCAUGUCUCUGGUGCUAGUGAGGGAGGUCAGGUUCCUGUUUCUCAUUCCGCAGAAGUUUUCCCUUCAAAUGAAUUGACUACACUUAACAAAACCAGUGGUUCUAAGGUGUUUCAGUACAGUUUACCUGAUGAGGAUGUUCCGUUUGGUGAUAACUUCUUUGCUAAAGAUGAUCUUUUGCAGGGCAAUGGGCUUUCUUGGGCAUUUAAUUUUGAUAUGCAUAUGGAAGAGGGUAAGGAAAGUCAGCAUUCUGAAAAGUCUUUGAAAGAGGAUGCUCUGGGGCACAAAGGAGGGGUUGAAACUUUGACACCAGAAGACUUGGCUUUCAAAAUUGAAGCUGAGCUGUUUAAAUUAUUUGGUGAUGUGAACAAAAAAUAUAGAGAGAAAGGCAGGUCUCUUUUGUUCAACCUCAAAGAUCGUAACAAUCUGGAACUGAGAGAAAGAGUCAUGUCUGGAAAAAUAUCUCCGGAAAGGUUAUGCUCAAUGUCAGCUGAAGAUCUUGCUUCUAAGGAGUUAACAGAGUGGCGUAUGGCAAAAGCAGAAGAGUUGGCACAAAUGAAAGUUUUACCUGAUACUGAGGUUGAUAUAAGACGUUUGGUCAGGAAAACACACAAGGGUGAGUUUCAGGUAGAGAUGGAGCAUGAUGAUCUCAUUGCUGCAGAGGUGUCUGCUGGGAGUUCUUUGUUAACACAACCUCACAAGAAAAAGGCUGUCGAAUCUCAAUCUCCUUCCGGGGCUAGUGUUAAAGAUAAAGAGAAGGUUGCAGGCCAAGUGAGCAGUUCAGAAGGCCAGGAUUUCACGGGCAGCCUGGUUAUUCAGACAGAUGAAACUGAUCCAAUGCAAGGAAUGAUGGUGGAUGAACUGAAGGAUGCUGACUUGCCUCCAAUCGUUUCGUUAGAUGAGUUUAUGGAGUCCCUUGAUACAGAACCUCCAUUUGAGGAUCUAUCUGGAGAUGCAGGGAAGAAGUCUCCUGAACCAUAUGAUCCAUCUAGAGAAAGCCUAAAACGUUCUAACAACCUUAGGGCUUCUAAUCAAGCAUCAGAUGUACAUAAAGAUGCUAGCACCAAAAAGGCUUCUUUUUUCGAGAAACCUGACAUGAUGAAGGAUUUGAGUGUUAGUCCUGUGAAAGAAACAGUUUGUCCUAGUGAUGUACGGAAUGCUGAUUUGGUCUGGAAUGGUCUCCUUCAGCUCAACACAGCAUCCUCAGUCACAGUUGGUGGGCUGUUUUACAGGUAUGCAUAAUUGAGGUUGUAAACCACAAUCUAA